AUGGCUACCGUCAACAUUCGCCGCGACGUCAAGGACAGCUUCUACCGCUACAAGAUGCCGGUGCUCCUCACCAAGAUUGAGGGAAGGGGCAACGGUAUCAAGACGGUCCUGCCCAACAUGGCCGACGUUGCUAGGGCUCUGAACCGUCCUGCUUCAUACCCGACCAAGUACUUCGGCUCCGAGCUCGGCGCCCAGUCGACCUGCAACGACGACACGGAGCGCUACAUUGUCAACGGCGCCCACGACCAGAACCGCAUGCGCGAGCUCCUCGACGGCUUCAUCGACAAGUUCGUCCUGUGCCAGUCGUGCAAGAACCCCGAGACGGAGCUCAUCGUCUCGAAGGACGAGUACAUCACGGCCGACUGCAAGGCUUGCGGUCACGUCGGCGACAUCGACAUGCGUCACAAGCUCAGCGGUUACAUUGUCAAGAACCCGCCCAAGAAGGCUUCGAAGAAGGGCAAGAAGGGUGCGGCCGGUGCCGACUCGAUCGCGGGUCAGCCGGGACAGGUCGACGAGGACGAGGACGACGACCAGGACGAGUUGACGCGCAAGAUCCGCGAGGGUGCUGCCGAGGUCAUGAGCGAGGAGCAGGCUGCCAAGCUCAUUGCGCAGCGCGAGGCGGACGAGGAUUGGGGCGAGGACACUUCACCCGAGGCUGUUGCCGCGCGCAUGGCUGCCCUGGGCGUCUCGGGCGACUCGUCUCUCCUCGCGGGCGACGACGAUGACGACGAGGCUGGUGGACCGUACGCCGAGUUCGCCACCUGGGUCAAGGAGAACAAGGACGAGGUCUCGGCCGCCGAAAUCUACAAGGAGGCCGACGCGCGCGGCGUCGCGAAGAAGACGCACCGUCUCCUUCCUUACCUCUUCCCCGCCCUCUUCACCGACAAGGUCGCCGACGAGUUGCCCAAGUACCUCGCUUUGCUCGCCAAGCUCACCAACUCGGACAAGGCUGUCAAGGCGCUCGGGGGCGGCAUCGAGAGGCUUCUCGGCGACGACUACCCCGACGCGGUUGCACAGACGCCCAAGGUCUUGAUGGUCCUCUACCAGAACGACAUCAUGGACGAGGACGCGAUCAAGCACUUUGCGACUCACGUCAGCAAGAAGUACGUUUCGAAGGACGUCUCCAAGCGCGUGCGCAAGGCGGCCGAGCCCAUGGUCAAGUGGCUCGAGGAGGCGGAAUCGGACGAAGAAUCGGACGAGGAGGAGUCGUGA